AAAACUGUUUAGCUGUGUCAGUGUUAUCAGAUGAUUGGAUUGCGGAAGAUUAAUUCGAAAGUGGUGUUGUGGACGAAGGUUGUUAACCGGUGUCGUGAUAUGAUGGCUGAGAGCUCUUUCCAUACCACUAGCUCGGAUAAAGCAGAAUUCAAAGAUCUACUCCAUAAAGCACAAAAUGUAGUUGUCCUGACUGGAGCUGGUUGUAGUGCUGAAAGUGGCAUCCCCACUUUUCGCGGUUCUGGCGGCUUGUGGAGGACUUUCAGAGCUCAGGACCUAGCGACGCCAGAAUCGUUUGCAAGAAAUCCCUCGUUAGUUUGGGAGUUUUACAGUUACAGGCGUGAAGUUGUUUUGACAAAACAGCCAAACAAAGCCCAUUAUGCCAUUGCUGAAUUUCAGAGGAGCCUUAAAGGAGAAGGAAGGAGUGUGACUGUUAUCACUCAGAAUAUUGAUGAAUUGCAUCAAGCAGCAGGCGCUAAAGAUGUUUUAGAGCUUCAUGGUUAGAGUACUUAAUCCCUUGUCUCAUACAUCAAGAAGUAAUAUCAUGACAUGCAUUAAUGCAUGUCAUGAUAAUGUAUCGCUCUAAUCACAGUUUCAACAUACCCCCUAGGCAUACCCCUGCCAUUUGACAUGUUUUCCUUGCCUGGCCGGGGGAAUAGAAUGUGAUAGUAUCCCAGGGGGUGGGGAACACGACUCCAAUGCAUAGUAAGGGGUGGGAAAUUUAAAGCCUAGCCUUGAUUUCUUGUGGUAUGUCUAGACCCCUCAAUGAGGAGAGAUAAAUCAUCACAUAGGCCAACAUUGCUAGUUUUGGAUGAGUGAUACACAUAAAUUCAGUAUGAUUUUUUCAUCCCUCACAUGAAAUUAACAGGUGCAGUAUUUAGUGGCAUACUUCAUGAGAAAAGCAAUAUAAAAAUUAUAUUACCCAAUAGAAAGUAAAUAACCUUCAUGAGAUAUUUAUCUUUUUUUAUCUGACCUACAUGUAGGUACCCUGUUCAAGACCAGAUGCACCUCUUGUGGUCAUGUAACAGAAAACCGGAGGAGCCCAAUAGUUCCAGCCUUAGAGGGAAAGGGGUAAGAUGCCUAUAUUUAAUAUUGCAGUGUAAAAUGAAAUUCAGGACAUAAUGGUUUCAACCUAGAUUGAUUUUCAGUUUCCUAACCCUAAUAUUAUUCAUGAUGAUCAUGAAUAACACACAAUAGUUUUAGAAGACAAAGAAAACUGGGAAAUCAAAAUAACCCUGACGUCAAUUUUGACCUGUAACAUAAUAAUUAUAUCAUUUUAUUUCCACUUUUUUAAUUAAUUUUUUUGUUUUUGUUAAAUCCAGAGCCCCAGAUCCUGAUGCUCAAGAUGCCAAAAUCCCAGAGGAAGACUUGCCCAGGUAUAAAAAACUGUUCAAAUGAUCCACCAGAUUAGUUACAAACCCUUUUUGAGGGUUUAAAAUAAGUUUUGAGUUGGGAGUGAAGCUGAAGGCAUAGAGCACAAUAGUCAUUUCAAGUCUUCAAAAAAUUGAAUUGACAGAGAAUUUCACCAUGCAUACAUCUCUGUUUCAUUUCAUCAAAAUAUUGUUUGGAUGUAGCAUUAAAUUAAUCAGCCCUGAAGGGUAACAAGAGUAUGAAAAUCAGAAAUCAUAUUUUUGGUUUACCUGCAGAUGUGAUCAACCCAACUGUAGGGCAUUAGUUCGUCCCCAUGUGGUGUGGUUUGGAGAGGGCCUUGAUCGUGGUGUAUUAAAUGCAGUUGAUCAAGCCUUGGACAAAUGUGAUAUGUGUCUUUUGGUGAGGUUAUAUUUUAUUUACAGUCAACUCUCUCUUGACUAAUAAGAUGAACACCUCUGGGACCAAACUAUGUGUCUGUUAGGAAUUCCUGUCUUAUGAAGGGUUUAGUUUUAUUGUUUAUCUCACGAUUGUCACUUUGAUAUUGAUUGCGACCUUUCCAGCCCCCUCUGCAGGUCUUCAUUAGGCGAUAGUGUCGAGGAUGAAGACCUGCAGUGUGCGGUCAAAACGUCACAAUCAAUAUCAAAGUGACAAUGGUGAGACAAGCGAUAAAACUAAACCCUUUAUACACAUUAUCCACGAUGAUUAAUAUCUUUUAUGACAAUUCCUGUCUUGUAUGUAGAAUUAACUAAAAGGAGUAAAGAAGGGCACUGCGCAACCAACUCUGGGUGUCCAUUAAGAGGAAAUGGAAUUUAUCACCUUUCUUUUGAACAUAUAUGUCGUAGUUCAAUUUUAUCGUUGGUCCAAAUUUUAUCUCCUGUUGUUUUGGGGUAUGGUAAUGUAUGAUGAUGAGUUUAAAACAAAGGGAAAUAAGAUUUAAACCAAGGAUAAAAUUGAACCACAACAUACUGUAUACACUGUCUGUCUGCACCACAUGUUAGUCCCAUCUUCUGUUUUUUUUUUAGGGCUAUAAUUAUUAAAAGGGGUGGAGGAGGCCCCUUGGAAUUAGUUUGCUUGCGGCCCCACCCCAAAAUGUAACCCAGCAUAGGUUUACUAGCCCUUGAUACUAGGAUAACAUUUCUACUCUAUUGUUUUCUUUUUUGGGUGACUAAGUGAAUUAAGGUGUUGUUAUAAUCUUUUAGGUUGGCACAUCAUCUGUGGUUUACCCUGCGGCUGGAUUUGCUCCAAUGUUAGCUACUAAAGGGGUUCCAGUUGCUGAGUUUAACAUGGAAGAGACUCCAUGCACAGGAGUUUUUAGGUACCUUGAUUCUCCCCAUAUU